AUGCAGGCGGCCUGGACACAACAUACGCCGCUGCCACGCAGGGCGGUGCCCGUACCGAUAACACCCCAACGGUGGGGCCCCCCGGGAGCGCCGUCGUCGUCGCCGUCUCCGGGCGGUAUAGGUAGUUUUGGUGGGAGUGCCAGUGCGAGUGCGAGCAGUGACCAGAAUAUAGACCUUUUAUUUGCUCAUUCGUCUGCCAGGAUUGUCAGCUUUGAUGCUCCCGCUUCGGCCUGUGCUGGUGGGCAGUUGAUUCCUUGGACGAGUGCUACUGAGAGGACUAUUGCGUCUGGUGGGUCCCCACUUUUUGGGUGGAUGGUUGUUUUACUUUCACGGAGAUUGACCCUGUGUUUUCUCGUUUUUAUCGCCUAGGCCCUAUCCGGAUAUAUAAGACAAUUCCCCACAAUGUCGCCUUCUUGCAAUCUGGGUCGGCGCUCCGACCGGUGCUUUCGAAGAGCCAGUGCUGGAACGUGGACGGACGCGGUGUGUUUUGCCUACAGAUUCGACCCGGGAGUUACUGGAGGCUUGAGAUUCUCGAGUUGGUUUAUCCUUUUUAUUGGUUUCGUGUACUGACGUUAUUCAUGACGGCUAAUGUUGCUUUGUAGGAAUCCGGAUGAAAACGCUAUAAGAGCGGUUGAGUUUAAGGCGGUUCUGGUCACGAUACUUGCUUAUGAGGUCACCACCUGCCCGUUCUUGAGGUCCGGAGGCCGCGUCACAGAAGUCAAUGCGGUUAAGGCGUUGGAGCCAUCGAGAGUCUGGAGGAGGCCGAGGGCGACCACCUUGGGCAUUGAGGCUGUGAGGGGGGAGGAACCGGCGGCGGUUGAAGGGAUGCUCGAGGAGGCUGAGGAAGCGGAAGUGGCGGGGGAGAGGGUAGGGGAGGAACGCGCCGAAGCUAUUAUUGCGGACCAGGAGCAGGGGGGUAGUGGUAGCGAGUCGGAUACCGCAACGCUGGUUCAUGACGACGGGAUGGAUCAUAGUGUCACUUUGAUCGACGUGAGCUCAUGCGAAGAGGCAUUCGAGGAAGUUUCCACGGAAUCGAAGGAGUGGCACGAUUUCUCUCCCCCUCUUAGGAGUCCAGGAGGCAGCAUGUUCCUUAGCCGGUCAUGCACGGUGCCUCCUCAACUUACUGAUGCGAAUGCAUUUUCCACCAUCAGUCGACCAUCGUCUCGUCCUUCGACGCCUAGUUCUAGCGUGCCCGUUAGCCCAAUCAGGCUGCACGCAUCGACACAACUACGAGAGGUCUGUGUUUCGAAACGCCGGGAUAGGAACCCCUCCGCGACAGGGCUUGACCUCAGUGAUGAUUCGGCCCCUGAACCUGCCCAGAUUUCGCCUGCCCUUUCUACCCCAACUCUAUGGUCUGGGUCAGAAUCAGAGGAUAAUUGGCUUGAGAUUGCUACGCCACAGCGUCCAUCGUUGUGCUGGAAUACAGACUCUGUUAUGGUUCCACAUUCGCCCACUCUCUCACGUUCGGCUCCGUCUCUUGUGCUGUCCGGGGCUGCAGGGCUUGUCGGAGCUACUGCAAAUCUCAUGGUCGUGAAGCCAUCAUCGUACAUUGCCGGCAUGAUGCUUUCGAUCGCUAGUAGGAUUGCCACAAGCGCAGUGUCGGGAACAGCAUAUACCCUUGCCGAGAGAUGCGGUCCAGCAGAUUUCCUAGAUUCGGAAGAGGAGCUCGAUUACGAAGACGACUUUGGUGUGUGCCUUCGACCCGGGGGCAAGGACCCUUGGGAUAGAGAUGUAUGGGGGCCCGAGGAUGUUUAG